GACCCUUCCUGACAAGAUGAGUCCCACCAGGUUCUUCCUCCUUACAGUGCUCCUUGUUCUGGUGACAGAAGCAGCCGCAAGGGGGCCCCGAGAAAAAUUCUCACAGUCGGUUGAAGACCCUUAUAGUGAAAAAAUGGAUCUAAGGAUUCUGGCGAGCGGGAGGGGAUCAAGUUCUACCUUUGGGGCAUACAGCCGGAGUGAGAACUCUCGGAGUAACUUCAAAUCAAAAAGUCCAAGCAGUAUCACCAGGGAGAAAGUGCAUGAGGAAAGCAGGAGUGAAAUGAGUGGUACCAGCAGCCAUUUUGGUCUCAAAAUGAGAAGAUCUCAUGGAGGAGGAGAAAUGAAUCCCUUUGAAACCAAAGUAAAGACCCGGAUCACUCGCAAAUAAUGUGUUCCCCGGCCAACUGAAGACUUGAGCCAAUAGGCAGGUUGUCCUCGUUCCCUGGGUGUCACCGAACUAAGAGAAGUCUAUGAUGUCUACAGGAUGCAGGAUCCCACAGGUGCCCCGGAAAUAGUCCGUGCUUCUUACUUCCUCCUUACACUUGUUUUCUUUAAGAUUCCGGAACCUGACAAGAUUCAAAUUCAACCUUUUCAAUAAAAAAGAUACUAUUCUGCA